AUGGCUUCAGACGCUGCUGUUUCAAGCAUCAAAGUGAUGAACCAGGACCUUGUCAAGUUAGAUCGAUUUGAUGGAACAAAUUACACAAGAUGGCAAGACAAGAUGACAUUCCUAUUGACUGCCCUGAAGGUUCACUAUGUUCUUGAUCCCGACCUACAACCAAUACCUGAACCAACAGAAAAUGAUUCGGAAGAACUCAAGAAGGAGCGCAAGAAACGCAAGGAGGACGAACUGUUUUGCCGUGGACACAUUCUGAAUACUUUAUCUGAUCGUCUCUACGACCUCUACACAGACAAUCCAUCGGCAACAGAAAUAUGGAAGGCACUAGAAUUCAAGUUCAAGGCUGAAGAGGAAGAUUCUAAGCCCAUUCUUCCCCAAGUGCAUGAAUUGCAAGUUCUGGUCAAUAAAAUAAAGGCAGUAAAAAUAGACAUCCCUGAGACCUUCCAAGUCGGUGCAAUUAUUGCAAAAUUACCACCUUCAUGGAAAGGCUACCGAAAGAAAUUGUUGCACAGUUCCGAGGACUUCUCCUUGGAGAAAAUUCAGAAACAUCUUCGAAUCGAGGAGGAAUCGAAGGAGAGGGAGAAAUCAGAACCCCCUACUCAUUUCAAAACAAACGCUGUGACCAACAAGGAAAGAAGAGACAUGAUGGCAUGA